AUGGAUUAUACAAUAAUACAGACAUUAAAGUGUGAAGAUAAUACAAUAAUCAUUUCCGAUGAAGAUAAUGGGACGCCGAAAAACAAAGUUGCAAAAAGUAAUAAAACGAAGCCGAAAAGAAAAGUUUCACUGGAAAAGAAAGAGAAGAACGUCGAAACAUUAAUUGUAUUGAACUGCACUAAUAAAGUGAGUAAAUCAAAAUAUCACAAGAAACAUCACCACUAUCCUAAACCCAAACAUAAAAUUCAGACCAAUAUAUCACCAGAUGUUAAGAUAUCAACUGAAUAUGUACAAACUACUAUAGCUACAAAGCAACCAUCAUUAUCAUCUAUAUCUCUUUCAUCUUUAAAAACUGAUGAAAUAAGUUAUGAUAGUAUAAGUCUUGGUUCUUUUUCAAGUAUAAGCAAUAAAGAAAGUAAACUUGAUACUCUUAUUAAAAGAGCAAGAGAGCGUGAUCAACAGUACUUGUUUAGUAAUCAGCCAGUAUGUACCACUACUCAAAAUAUAAUUGAGAUAUCAUCAGACGAUGAAACAUCAUUGGACAGUAAAAGUUUUAAAAAUAAUUCUAUACAUUCACUUGCAACACUCGUCUUAGAGCCUGAUGACUCAACAAUUGAUGUUAAUGCAUCAAAUUAUUCACCAGAGAAGAUAUUAGGUGAUACAGAUUCUAAGUAUAAAAUUAUAUCAGAACAAUAUGUGAAAGAAAAAUCAGGAAUACUAUUUGAUGAUCCUAAGAUUUUUAAAUCUAAACUAUGUGCUAGUGUUGAUAGCAUUAAUAAUAAUGUUAAUGAUAAUGAUAAUCAAUAUAAAGCAACUAAACUGGCUAUAUUUAUUCGAGGUGUUGAUAAAGAGUUCACUAUUACUGAGGAAUUGCUUGGUUUACAGUCGCUAAAAGGAACCAAUUCAAGAGAGGACAUUUUUAAUGAAGUUCAAAAGUUAACUGUUUCUACUAAGUCAAAAAUUCCAAUUGUCUGCAUACCUGACAGAGGAAACAAUGAUGAAGAUGCUAAAUAUCAAAACUUAAAUAUACAAAGCUGUCCGACUGAAAAUGAGAAACAUCCUGAACCAAAAAUUGAAAACAAAGACGAAAUAGACAAUAGAGUUAAAACAUUGUUGUCAACCAUUUUACCUAAAAAAGAAGUCCAGGAAAAGAAAAUUAAUAUCGACCUCAAUGUAACACAAUGCAACUUAUCAAAAAUCAUUAGCCAUUUAGAUAAAAGCCCAUCUACAAUUUUUAAUAAAAAACCAUUACCUUCAAUAAAGAAGUUUCGUAUCCCAAAGAUAAAAAGUAAUCCUUCAAACACAACAAAUAAUUUGCAAAAUGGGAAAGAUGUUCAAAUCAUAACACUUCAAAAUGAUGUCAAAAAUAAGAGCACUUUGGCAAAAACAUCUAAUGAGAAGCAACAUAAAUUCAAAAUAAAAACCAAAGUGUCACCACCAAACCACUCUUUUAAAUCAAAUUCCAAUUGUCUAAGUACUAACACCACCCAACUUAAAAACUCGUGUUCUGUGACACUCCGAAACACAGAUAAUAAACGACAGCAAAUUUUAUCAAAGGAAAUAACACUAAGAACAAAUAAAGAAAAACGACGACAAAUAUCACAUUAUAAAAAUCAAGAACGUUCAACAUCGCCCACAUGUAAAGUGACUAAAUCUUCAAAGAAAAUUAUUAAGCCUUUGUCCUCAAAUAAAUUAAUUUCAAAAAUUGAUGAAAAACGAAAAACGAGCGAAGUUCUCCCUACUCCUUUGAAAAGCAAACGUCCAACUGAAACUGAUGAUACACCAAGAUAUCGAAAAUAUAAAACGAAUACACAAAAUAUCAACAAUAAUGAAGAUUUAGUUGAAGUAGCCAAUCGUAUAAAUAAUAAUCCAAAGAAUAUAUCUCGUCUCGAUAUCAUAAAUAGAAAAAAAGAUUCUGCUCCCAUCAAAUCAAACCUGAAAGUUGAAAAUAAAUACAAGUCCUCUGUUAAAGAUCAAAAUAAGCAUAAAGAUCACGAGGCACCUAAAAUUGCAGUCAUGAAAGGACAAAAUUGUUAUUAUGAAAAUCAAGAAUCUUCCAAUAAGUAUAUAAAAGUCAAAACAAUACCUACUCGUGCAAAUACUAAUGAUAACUAUAUUUCGAAAACACUAACUAUCAAAAGUGUAGUUAAAUCAACAAAUAACUUUGUUCAGUCUAAAACAAACGUAAAAAAAUAUCCAGUGGUUGAAGACUUAAGAAAAAAACUGAAUCGUGCAAAAAAACGUCGCUCAAUUGUUUCGAAACCCAAUACUAUUAAUGAUCAAGACAGCAGUAGAAUCAAACCUGGUCAAAAUAUGCAAAGUGAUUUUACAGUGCCGAAAAUGAAAACAAUAAAAUUAAUAGUUAAUCUUAUAUGUGAAAAAACUAAAAGCAAGACGUUGAAAGAUGAAGUUAUAAAUAAAGAUACCUGUCAACUAACAAAUGUUGAUCUUAGUUUUCUUGACGAUUUUAAUGUCGAUGAUAUUGUCGAUAGUUUAAAUUAUAAGGAAAAUGACUGUAAACUCGCAAAUAUCGAUAGUAAAACAAAUAAUAAAAUGAACGAGCAUUCUGAUUCACGCAAUUCUGACGAUAACAAGAAUAUUGUUGACGUAAAAUUACACUCAUUCGUACAUAAUAAAAUAGGUGGAAAUAAGACAGACACAGUAGUGGAUCGAGAAACGUGCGAUAAUGACGGUAACGAUAAAAGCGAAAUAGAACACGUUACAGUUCCGGAUACAAAUCUGUUUACUAACAUAUCAUUUACUUCAAACAACACAUCUACCAAUAAAGUUAAUAGUUGUCUGUCAAGUAAUGAGACUGAAAAAGAAGACAAAAAUGAGUUUACAAUAAAUAUUGUACGAAAUGAAGGACCAAUUACAGAUACUUUUAUUGAAUCACGUACACAGCCAUCUUCAAAUGAACAGAGUAAAAUAGAAUGUAAACGCGAAUUCCCAACAGAUAUUAUUGUACUAGAUGAAGAUUCCGACACAGACACAUUAAUCUAUCCUAGCACGCAGCAAACUUCCCUCCAAGAGACAAAAAUCAAUGACCUAAAUGUAAAUCCACCAAAGAACGUAAAGACCCAAAAAGACGAUUACAAAAUCGAAGCAGGAAUUAUUGUGUUAGACCACGGAUCAUUUAUUGAAGAAGUAGUUUCCCCUAACAAUCAACAAACUUCUAAUCGAAAACAAGGUGAUAACGAUGAGGUUGGCGUUGAUAUUGAUGGUUUUCGAUCAAAAACUAAAGACAUUGAUAAUAGGAACGAAUUUUCUACCGAAAUUAUUGUGGUGGAUGAAGAAUCCAAUCAAGAUUCAUUAAUUAUUUCAAAAUCACAGCCAAAUAAACAAGAUUGUAAAACAGACUGUGUAGAUGUAGUUCAUAAUAAUGUACCUUUUAUGAAUAAUAGUAAUAAAGAGAGGAAAAAUGAAAUCAUUAACACAGAAAUUAUUAAACUGGAAGACGAAGCAAUUACUGAUCCAAUGAUUGAUUCAAAUCAACAACUAUCGUCUAAAAUGCAUAGCAGAUAUAAUGAUAAUAAUGAUGGGUUGUCCAAGUUAUUAUCCAUCAUAAAUAAUAUAUCAAACAAAAAACCUAAUGCAGAAAAUGAAAAAAAAGUCAGUGAAACUGAUGAGACGAACCUUGUAUCAAAUAGCAAUCUAUUUAAAGAGGAUACAAAAUCCAAUAGUUGUAAUGUAUCUAUAGAAAAAUUUAAUCAAAAUAUAUUAAGCACUAAAGAAAGUUGUUCAACUGUUCUAUUUACUAAUAAGAAUAAUUCUGACAAUUUUAACGUGAAGGAACCUGAAAGAAAAAUUCAUCUAACGGAUAGUGAUAUUACAAGCAAAACCUCUAAUAAAAAUAUUACGACUGAAGUUUUAUCACGAACUUCUGAAUUUAACAUGGCAACUGUAAAAACUUUACACGAUUGUGAGUAUACGUCAACCUCUUUAAAUAAAACUAAGCUCAAAGUGACUGCAGAAGAUAAGAUAACGGGAAAAAUAGCUAGUGUAAGAAAUGUUAAAGACCAAUAUUUUUCUACACUAUCAAAUUUUGCAAAAACAGAAAACGGUUUGGUAAUUAGUUCUGGUAAAAUUACUGAAAAUGUUAAAAAUAGAUUAUCAAACACUUGUAAGGUACCAGAACCUCCUUGCAUAAAUCAAAAGAAUGACACUUCUAAUAUUGUAGUAAAGGUCGGAAACGAAACAGGGAAGAAAGAAAACUAUUGUGAUGUAUCUAUGGGUCUCGUAAAGACUCCAUACGAAGAAUGUCUGUCGCAAACUUUGGCACAUAGAAUGCUAGAAUACUUGGGUAUAAACUAUGACAUAGGAACUUUGAUACGCAGAGGAAAGUAUUCAAAUAUAUUUCAAUGUACAGAUCCCAAACUGAAUAAAUAUGUCGUCAAAGUAUUAAAUAAAGAACAAGAUCGGUUCAUGUUAGGGGUACAAAAGGAAAAAAUAUUAAAUGAUUUACAAAAGGAUAUUCCGAAAAGAAAUCAACACAUUGUUAAUUUAUUUAAUGGGUUUGCUAUAAAACCAGAACACGUUUUAAUAAAUCAUUCAUUAGAUAAUUUGAAGCUUUGCGGCUUUGACGAAUGCCGAUCAGUUGAUCAGGUAAUUUUGUUACCAAAUAUUGGUACACCAAGCUACCGUGCGCCUGAAUUAAUCUUAGGAUAUUCAGACGGUUUUAGUAUAGACGUCUGGUCCACCGCUUUGGUAAUGUACGAAAUGGCCACGGGCGGCCGUAAAUUAUUCCCUGGCAUGUUCAAUAAUGAUAUAUUGUACAAGCAAAUGAGCAUUUUGGGAGAUAUUCCAUUUGGAAUGGUACAAUCGUCAAUUUAUAAGGACAACCACUUCUUUGGAACACAAUUUAUGAGAAAACAAGGUUAUUUGGGAAAGGUACGUGAAGUCUUUUAAUAUUAUCAUUAUGAAAAUAAUGCUUUGUCUAUCUUCUAUUCGCGAGCAUCAAGAUAGCGGUGCCAAACUCCCAAAUUAAAAAGAAAUGCACAAAUAGUACGUUAUAUAGUACAGAAUUUGUCCUAUAUAAUGGACUACUUGUACCAUAAAAGCGAUUUUUGUACUUCUGAAGGAAUACCAAUGAAUUUUCCGUAUGUUAUAGACGAUAUGGAAAAAUGAGCGCGGUACAUUGACGCCAGUGUAGCUGAACCUGCAUGCUUACUCUCGAACACAAUCGCGACCAAUCGACAUUGCAACUGACGCUAGUGUACCCAAUCAAGAGUAUGAAAUGGCACAUUUGUAAUGUCGAUCGAUCGCGAUUGCGUUCGUGUAAGACUAUUGAAAGUUGGUUCCGCUACUUCACUUUAUGUUUAGUAUCAAAAUUAAGGGACAAAACUUCCAAAUAAAUUCCGCAUACUAUAGCAACUUCCGUAGGUAAUUCA